UCAUAAAUGUGAAGUCGAAGAUGGUUUCUUUGUUGAAACUUUCAUGCGCGGGAGUUAAUGUUUUUACCAAACGCAUGCCGUGCUAAGCAUGUGACAGUCUGUAUUUUGGAGCAAGCGGAUAAUAUACUGCCAUAAUACAACAUCCAAAAGACAAUACAGAAUGUCAACGGGGAAAAAGAAAGAACAAAGUAGUGAUGGUCAAACAAAUGGGUGUUCCUUCCCAGGUUGUAAAGGUGAAGGUCAUGUGUCUGUAAAGUUUUCUCGACAUCGGUCCCUGACAGCUUGUCCCCUGGCGGCAGAGAAGCGUCGACAAGAACGACUAUCUGAAACUCCUGCUGCUAAGAAAGCGAGACUAUCACAAAAAGAAGAGGACAAGAUUCCUGAAGAAGAAAUCAAACAGGAAGUGAAGUCUGAGACCGACGACGACGAUGACGACGAUGAUGAUGAUGCCGUUGUGCCAACAAAUCUAGUCCUUAAUUCCGUCGCUUUUCCAGAUGAGUCAAUAAAAAUAGAACUUCCGGAGGCAAGCAAGCCUAUGGAAAGUGAUGACGUGAAACCCAGUGUGAAAGAAGAAAAUGACGAUGAUAAAAACUGUUUUCGGGAGGCUGAGCGUGCGCUGCGCAGUCUCUCUGGCGAGUUGGACAGUUCGGAGCCAUUCCAUUACAUAUAUUCUCCGGAUAGCGAGAGUGGACAGGAUGCCCUGCCCACAAAAUCAGACUCUUCUUCAUCUAAAACAGCCAGUGAGAAGAGUGAAUUGACAAUGGGUGAUAGUAUUGUGGUGGAUGAUUCUGAGGUGAAGGUCAAGGAGGAGAAAGAUGACCCUGAAACUGACAGUGUGUCAUCUGGCCCUGUAACGAGUAAUAUGGCCAAAAUGUUAACCUCUACGAAUGAUGCGGAUAUUCUCCUGAAGAUCCAGGAACAGUGUGCUAGUAUACAGUCUCAAGUUGUUGCGGCUACUGCUGCCUUCAGCAAACAGCUGACGAGCACUAAGCCUCCCGAUGAGGUGAAGAAAGAGCCGAAAGACGACAUUAAGAAAGAGGACGACGAUGGCGGGAGUAGUUCCGACGAAGACGUCGCCAACUCUGACUUCACAGUGUUGGCCGAGUGGGCCACUGAUGGCUCGGACGGAGGACCCAAACUUGGCAUUCCCGGGGUCAACCAGGAGGAGCCGCGGGAUGAUUCCAAAAAAGAUUCAGAAGGCAGCAAGUGCCCGACUCCAGGGUGUGAUGGCACGGGACAUGUGACGGGACUGUAUUCUCACCACAGGAGUUUGUCAGGAUGCCCUAGAAAGGACAGGAUUGACCCAGAAUUGCUUGCGAUGCAUGAGGGGUCAGUGAAAUGCCCUACAGUUGGAUGUAAUGGUCGUGGACAUGUUAAUGGAAAUCGUAACCAUCACAGAAGUUUAUCUGGCUGUCCAAUUGCAGCAAUGGGCAAACUAAUCAGUGCACAAAACAACAAAAAGGGACUCCAUCUGGUGGUGUUGCCAAAACACAAUGACCCGUCUCGGGCGGUCCUAGCGGCUUGUUCCGAGGCGGAGCUCAUCAAACUAGCUGCUAAGGAGACCUUUCAGCCAGGUGGUUCCUCGUCCGAUCGCGUUCUGCGCCCGAUGAUACUCACCAAACAACUAGAUCUAAACACUUUUGGAUUUGGCUCAUCUGUGUCACAAGCGACUCCAAGAAACAAUCUUGCGAAAGAACUUGAAAAAUACAAUCGUACACAUCAGGAAGCUGCAGAGCCUCCCACUAAACCCAAAGUUUUGGUUCUGCCUCCGAAACCGAGAGAUUUCGCCCCGGAGAGGCCGAAUAUUUUAAGUCGGCGUCCUCAUUAUAAGCCUCAGUAUCGUUACGACCCUUCAUCAAACUCAAACUCAAGUACUAGUUCAAAUUCCAAUUCGGCAUCUAUCUUGAAUAGAAAGUCGCCCGAUAUUUUGAAACCGAAAGUGAGUCAGAACGUGCCAGUGAUGACGGAUGUGGCCCAUCCGCCAAGGCCUGCUAGUGCCAGUGCCAGUCUGUUGUUGAGUCGCAGUGGCACAACGCUGAAUAUCCCACAGCCCGUUAGCAAGACACUCAGCGUGAAUGCAGCGCUGGCCAACGCUGCGAAUGCCAGGAUCAUUUCACAGGAAAACGGCAUCACGUCUCCUGGCAGUGGCCGUGAGAGCCCCGAAUCUGGAUUCAGUGUGUUUGACGACCCACUCUCUCCUAAGAGGGAGGCGGGUCGCGAACUUCUGUCAUGCCCCACUCCUGGCUGCGAUGGUUCAGGUCACGUGACCGGUAAUUACUCGUCUCAUCGCAGUCUGUCAGGCUGCCCCAUGGCCGAUCGCGCCAUGGUAACGGCCAGUCAGGUUGAACAGAAGUGUCCCACUCCUGGUUGUGAUGGGUCUGGACAUGUGACAGGAAACUACGCAUCUCACCGCAGUUUGUCUGGGUGCCCAAGAGCAGCCAAGUUGAGGAGGAUUCUGGGUAAAGAAUUGGAUAAAAAGGAAUCAGAUGAGCCUUUACGAUGCCCCGUACCAGGCUGUGAUGGGUCAGGUCACAUAACUGGCAAAUACUUGUCACAUCGCAGUGCGUCGGGUUGCCCGCUGACAAACCGCCACAAGUUGCACAGAGAGCUGAUAGCCGGGAUCGAGAACCAGGACCCGAUGCUGCAGGUGCAGGGAAUCAAACUGGAGUCUGUGAUGUGUCCCACACCUGGAUGUGAUGGUUCUGGCCAUGCUAAUGGCAGUUUCCUCUCCCACCGAAGUUUGUCGGGUUGUCCCCGAGCUACGAUUGCCAUGAAGAAAGCUCGACUAACUCCAAAUGCCCUUGCCAGUCUUCAGAUAAGAGCAGAGGCUGGAGAAGAUCUGAUGAAUGACGAGAGCCUGUUACAGCUGGACAAGGACAUAGAGAGAAUCCGUCUGUCUAACGAGAAAGCUGAUUCCGAGAUGGCUGCCCUACGAUCGGAGGUCUCCUGUAUGGAAUCUCGCAUGCAGCAGCAGGAGCAGGCGAACCAGGCCCUGGACGCGCACUGUAACAACAUGAAGUCGUACCUCUCGUCCUUGCGCACCAAGCUGCUCCAGUCCCUGCAGACAGCCCAGCUCCCGACCACCGAGCCGGUCACAGAGGACACACUCGAUAUGUUUAUCGGCAAGAUGCAGGAGAUGGUGUCUGAACGGAACACCGAGGUCAACCCGUUGUUUAGUGCUAUUAAGACAGCAUUGUCGAGUAUUGAGGUAGCUUAAGAGAGGAAAUAAAAGAAUAAAUAUACUGACAUAAUUCCUUUAAGAUGACACUGUCAAGUAUUAACUCAGAAGUAGCCUGAGGCAAAAAAUACAAUAAAUCUGAUGGCAUAAUUUCAUUAAGAGAGCAUUGUUCUGUAUUGAGGUAGCUUGAGAAAGAAACUAAAACCAUAAAUAUGCUGACAUGAUUCCAUUAGGAUGUCAUUGUUGAGUAUUGAGGUAGCUUAAAUAGGAACAUUAAAACAAUAUGCUGGCAUAAUUUCCAUUAGGAUGGCAUUGUUGAGUAUUGAGGUAGCUUAAAAAGGAACAUUAAAACAAUAUUCUGGCAUAAUUUCCAUUAGGAUGGCAUUGUUGAGUAUUGAGGUAGCUUAAAAAGGAACAUUAAAACAAUAUGCUGGCAUAAUUUCCAUUAGGAUGGCAUUGUUGAGUAUUGAAGUAGCUUAAAAAGGAACAGUAAAACAAUAUACUGGCAUAAUUGCAUUAGGAUGGCACAGAAAACUUGAGAUGGAAAAUAUAACAACUAUGCUGGCAUGAAAAUAAAAUAUAAUAAAUAUGUUAGCAUAUCCCCUAUUUCGUCAUAACAGUAUUAACACAUGAUGUGUUUAAUGUUAUUCAGAUGACACUGUUAAGCACUGAAGGUUUUUGAGGAAAACAUAUUGAAUAUGUUGGCAUAUCCCCUAUUUCGUGUUGUUUAUUGUUAUUCAGAUGGCACCGUUAAGCACUGAAGUUUCUUGAGGAAAAGAUAAUAAAAAUGCUGGGAAAUUUGUUCUGUAGCUUGAUGAAUUAGUACAAAUUCUGACAGACUAGUACAUUUUGGUUGGUACAAGCCUGGCAGACUAGUGAGAUAAUUUCCAUUUUUGAACCCGGUCAUUUAAUACUUAAAAAGUAUCACUAAUAAAUAUUGAGUAUCAAAAUGGAAAAUGUUUAAUGUUGUAUAUACAAUUUAUAUUGCCUUGUUACCCAAAUGAAAUUGAAAAAUCCAGGCAGUCAUAAAAUUAAAGCAUAACAUCUUUUUUGUAAUUUUUAAAUGUUUUUGUGUUUUGGCAAAGGGUACUGAUUUGUAGAUUAAGCAGCUGUCAAGUAAAAACUGCCUCACAUUGAACAAAAUUCAACAUAUGUGAAUCCAAAAAAUAAAUCCAAAUCUUUAAUGUAAGCCAAAAAUUAUGAUUGAUAAUAAUGAUUGUAUGAUAUCAUUUGUGUCAAAUGAAGGAAAAAUGUAUUUUCUAAAACCAGAUGGUUAUUUAAUACUUUUAAACACAAAUUUUAAUGUUCUUUAAUGUGGAUAUUUUUGUGAUUUUAAUCCAGUUUUAUAGAAAUGCAUUUUAACUAGUAGUAAACUGUUGUAUUUGUAAUAUAUACAUAUCAUUUUUGUGAUAUAGUCAUUGUUUUAUAUACAUAUUGUUGCUAUUUAUUCCAUGCUUCGCCUUUUAGAUUGAAGUACAGCAUAAUUUACAAUUGUUUUACUUGUGCUUUGAUUUAAUGUCAAAUAAUGUUCUAAGUCAUGUGAAUUUCAUGUUAUAUAUUUGUUGUUAUUUACAAUAUAAAAUGUUUAACAUAUCCAUCAAAUUGUGAAAUGUCAUAAUAUUUAGUCGGAUCUAUUUGUUUGUGAAUUUCAACAAAAUUCUUUUUUUUUUUUCUUUUUUUUUAUCAAGGAUGAAAUGUACAAAUGUGAAACAUGAAUUCUUUAAUAGUUAUGAAUUACGUCUUUAAAAGUUUGUUGCAUUUAAUGUACUCUACAAUUAAGUGCUUUCUUGCUUGGAAAUUGAAGAGAGUUGGAUGAAAAGGUGGGUCUGGUUGCAAUGCACCAACUGUUUAAAAUAAUUAAUCGGGUAUUUGAAACCUGCAGCAUAUUUAGAAAAGGCCACGAUAUACACAUUUUAUUUCAUUUUGAAUCCAUUUCCACUAGAUAAAAUACAGUAAUUUUUUUACGUUUAUUUAUUACAAUCCAGCCAAAUAAUUCUUCAUAUCUCUGAUAGGGAUGCUCAAUGUUAGAUUUACAAAUUUGAACAAAUAUUUUUAUUUUGUUAAUCAAAUUUAUUGUUUCAAGAUUUUUAAUUCUAAGGAGACUUAAUAACAUUGUGUGUAUUUUUUUUUUUUUUUUAAAUAGUCUUAAUCAAUUGAAGUUAGGUUGAAUGUUUAUUUGAAUGGGUACAGAAUACAAAUGGAAAUAUUUAUCGAAUACAGAAUAGCAGUUAAAAAAACAUUCCAUAGUAUUGUUUUAUAAAUUAUCCUCAUUUAGCCUUUUCCAUUUAGUACACCAGUACAAUUUCCAAACAAAUUCCAAACAUUCCAGUGUAUUGCUUAUUAUUAAGGUCCAUGCCGUUAAUAUCAUACAUUCCACUACAUGUAUAAUAUUCAUAACCCACUGGUUUAAAAUUGCUCUACCCUGAAUCUUAAUACAUUUGGCUUGCAUUCUGUCAGUGGUUGGUUCUUUUCUUGGUCGUUGAGAAAAUCUUAUGUUUUUGUUAUUUUCUUUUUAUCUCACAUUAUUUCUGUAUUCUGUUGUGCAUUACAAUAACUAUGUGCUUCUAUGAAGGCAUUUAUUGUUUAAUUUCAAAUUAUUUUUUUAAGAAUUUCCGAUUUUUUGCACUUCCCCAAAACUGUUUCUUUGGAUUUUUUUUAUAUCAAAAAUUCAUAGUAACCACUUAUAAAACUGCAAAGUUUUCCAAAUAUAUGUCCAAGGUAAAUUUUUAUCCCUCUUGUUUGAAAUUUAUUUAUUUAUAUCUUGGUGAUGUUAACCAAGUGCAUUCCAAGCAAUGUGUUGCUUAUGACAGAACAGCAUUGCAUUUUUAAUAUUUAUUGAGGUGCAUUCACUUUUUGUGCAAUAUCCAUGAUCAAAUGUAUAUUUUUUAGCUCAUUAAUUUAUUUUGUUAACAUAGUGUUUUACUGUAGUUCAAACUCAUUACUAUUUAUUGUGAAUGUUUUUGUUUGCUUUUUGUUUUGUUUUUAUUGUUGCUCAAUUCCCUUUUUCAGUUAGUAUUUAUUGUGAAUGUUUUUGAUUAUAUUUGUAACUCGGUCAUUUACUGUUAGUAUAUAUUGUGAAUGUUUUUAGUUAUAUUUGUAACUCAAUCAUUUACUGUUAGUAUUUAUUGUGAAUGUUUUUAGUUAUAUUUGUAACUCAGUCAUUUACUGUUAGUAUUUAUUGUGAAUGUUUUUGGUUAUAUUUGUAACUCAGUCAUUUACUGUUAGUAUUUAUUGUGAAUGUUUUUGGUUAUAUUUGUAACUCAAUCAUUUCCUGUUAAUAUUUAUUGAGAAUUCAGGCCAAUGCUAAUUUAUUUCAAGUGGAUGCCAUACAAUGAUUUUGUUUGUGUGAACAAUGACUCGACACAUUUACUUUGUCAUUCCUUCUUAUUAUUAUUAUUAGGGAUCCAAGCCAUAGAAGUGACGGAACCUUGUUGUAAUCAUGUUGUUAAGCUUGUCAGUCAUUUUCUGGCAUGCCAGAUUUGUUGUAUGCUUAAUAAACAUAAUGCAUACUG